UUUUCAUGCAGAUUUCAUGAGCACUGGAGGUUUGUGUUGCAGCGCUUGGUCUUCUUGGCAGCAUUUGUUGUGUAUUUGGAAACAGAAACACUAGUGACUCGAGAAGCAGUUACAGAAAUUCUUGGCAUUGAGCCAGAUCGGGAGAAAGGUUUUCAUCUGGAUGUAGAAGAUUAUCUCUCAGGAGUUCUAAUUCUUGCCAGUGAACUGUCAAGGCUGUCUGUCAACAGCGUGACUGCUGGAGACUACUCCCGACCCCUCCACAUCUCCACCUUCAUCAAUGAGCUGGAUUCCGGUUUCCGCCUUCUCAACCUGAAAAAUGACUCCCUGAGGAAGCGCUACGACGGAUUGAAAUAUGACGUGAAGAAAGUAGAGGAGGUGGUCUAUGAUCUCUCCAUCCGGGGCUUCAAUAAGGAGACGGCAGCAGCUUGUGUUGAAAAAUAGGAGGCUCUCCUUGCUCCUGGCCUUGCUGACCUCAGUGGUUGCCAGGAAGGGGUGAGCACAGAGUGCCUCUUACGGUAGUUAGGAUGCCCAGUUGCUAAACACUGCGCUUUAUUUUCUUAACCAGUUGUGGUGUGAGUAUCAGAAUUGAAACACUUUUUUGGGGGUAAAAAAAUAAUAGCCUUUACAUGGACAGAAUUUUCUUUGUUGUUUCAGUGAAUUUGCUCUGUAAUUCAGUGUAUUUGAGUUCCGUCAAAAAGUGUAAAUGUUAGUUUCUUGGUAAAGUCCUUUUCUUGCUUACCUUGACUGUUGAUGUGCUGAUUGAGAAGUUCAUUGUCUCCUUUGUGAUUCUUCCAGACGUGAUGCUUGAUACUUUCUAUAUGCGAGUUAGCCAUCCACACCCAGGCAUAGCCUGGAUACAGUAUUAAAACAGAUAAUUAAAAAGAUGGUUGCCAAGCAAGGAAAACUUAUUUUAUAUUUCCCUUCCUUAUUUUAAGCAUUGUGAGUAAAUCAGAUGUUGAAUUCUUUUGCCAAGGGAAUUAUAGCUCCAGGUUCUCUCUCACUACCAUCAAAAUAUACAAGAUUAAACUGCAAAGUCAAGCUCAACAGAUUAUUUUGGAAAGUUUUUGUAUUAAGGGAUUUAGUAACAUCAUUUUGUUCUCCACCAUGCAGGGAGUAGAGGGCUUAGUGUUUUAAAACACCUCUGCUUUCUCAUGUUGCCUUAAUAUUCUACUAUUGCGGCAAUUAAAAAUUGUCUUCACGUACAUUUGGAACUAACACGUGAUAUGAUAUAUUCCUAAACUAUGAAACCUUUUUUCUGGUAGUCAGCUAGAUGAUUUGAUCUGGGAGUAUAAAACCACCCACAUAAGUUAAUAAGCAAAAUCCUGACUAUUAUGUUGUUAGAGAAAAAUGCUUUGCUUUGUCUGGAAGAAAGAUGAAAUAAUGAAUUAUAAAUAAAUCAGGCCGGGCGUGGUGGCUCACACCUGUAAUCCCAGCACACUGGAAGGCUGAGGCGGGGGGAUUGCUUGAGCUCAGGAGUUCGAGACCAGCCUGGGCAACGAAGUGAGACUCCAUCUCUAUAUAAAAACAAAAAACACGAAAGCACACACAAAAUAGAUCAGUGGGAUUUGGUAAUAUGUUUUAGAGUAAGAAAUUUCAGGUUGUUAGUGACUGUCAGGUUUUAAAUGUACAGUUUGGGGCAAGUCAUGUAAAUACUGUUGGUGGUCUUCAAUUUUCAGGUAGUACUAAGAGUGUGUGCCAGGAAACUCUUGCUAUCGAAUUGAGAUGAUUAAAAUGGUGACUUAAUCCAUAGUUACUUUGCACUCACUGAAAGGAAAGUGCUUUCCAGAAUAAUACAAAGUAUCUAAAAGUGUCACCUUUUCUUGCCUGAUCAAUCUGAUCAACAAUUUGGGCUUCCUGUUUGUAUGAGGGGCUAUUUGGCAUACUCUUCACAGCUUUUAUCAGGCCAAGUUAAAGGCUGACUACAUUUUUUCAUCACGAGGAAAGCAGUUGAAAUGAGGCAUGAGUUACUGUGCACUGGGAUUUUAGAACAAUUUUCUUGACAGCUCUUUUGUGAAGUUAGGUUCUUAAAAGUGCCCAUGAUGGUCACUUAAAAUGUGCAUUAGUAGCACUGCCAGGAUCAAGCAUGAAAGACUUUUAAAUUAGAUCAUCACACAUAAGGCAGUAAGUUUGAUAAUAGGGUUUUUUUUUUUAACCUCUUUAAGUAUUGAUUCUGCUUGAGAAUAUUGAAGUACUUGCCAGAAGUUGUGGAUUCCAGUUCUAACAAAUGCAGUUUAAGUGGAGAAGCACACUGGUCUUGGAAUUCCAUUUGAGGAUUUAGAAGUGUCAUGUUUAUACUUACUCAGUUGUGUUUGUUGCUGGCUUGUUGUAAAGCAAUAAAAUUUUUUUGGUCUUUUUGUAA